GACCUCUCGCACCCUAAGCGAGAAUCAUACCCCUAGACCAACGAGCCGUGUUGUUGGUCUCAUGAAAAAUAUACCAAAAGUAGGAAUAAAUGUAUACAAAAUUUGAUAAAAAUCAUGCAAACACGAGUCUUUCUCGGAACAGUUUAUAUCUCUGUCCGGUGUUGUCUCGUCGGUUGAAAAAAUGUAAUCUCGGAUUACAGUAUUAUACGACGCACAUGCGACAUACACAGUACAAGAUGGCGGAAGAAAAGCAGCAAGAUUUUAAUAGGAGUGCAUUGACGAUCGACGGUGAACGGGCUUGGUACACCGGACAACGGGCAGAAAGAAUUCCUGGAGGAUUGGUCCGUGUCGUUGGGUGUACUUGUUUGAGUUUGGAUAUUUCUUACAACGAAUUAACAUCGAUUACGGGAUUAAAGGAUUUCUUAAGGCUGGAGGAAUUGAUAUUGGAUAAUAAUCAGCUUCGCGAUCUAAAAACUCUACCGUCUAUGCCAUGUCUGACUACUUUAAGCCUGAAUAACAAUAAGAUAACUGAUAUAGAUGACGCAUUAGAAAAGAUACGAGAAUGUUGUCCGAUGAUAGUUUACGUGAGUCUUUUAGGAAAUCCAGGGUGUCCCGAUCAGCUGACAAAUCCAACUUCAACAGACGAGAACGAUUACGAACGUUACAGGCUUUAUGCAAUAUAUGUUUUACCAUCGACGUUACGGUUUCUCGAUUCGCGUGCAGUCACGAGCAAAGAAAAAAACGAUGCCGAAAAUCGUGGAAGAUAUUUGAGAACGGUUAAAGUUUUCUCCAAUAAAUCAAACAAUAAUGUCAUUAAUGUACCACUUCCGAAUGAAUUUGAUGAUGCUUAUUUUAAUAUAAAAUAUACACCGUUACCAGUUACCAAUCGUACGCCUCAAGAACACCGAGGUGCAUUCGGAAAAUGCAAGUAUCGUUAUUCUGGAAAAAAUUCGGAAGGUAAUAGAUUUAUUUUCAACAAGGAUCUAUGAAACUAAUAAAAAUAUACAAUACAUUUGGAGAGUAAUGUUUCGCAUGAUCUCUAAUCGAAUGUGAUUAUAUUCAAUUUUUGCUACUUUACUUGAUGAUUGGAGAGAGGAACAAAAUGAGAGAAAGAGAGAAAAAAAAGUCGAAUGCAAAUCAAACAAUUUAUCGCAAAAAACUUCGAUCUCCUUUUAAUAGUAUUGGUCCUUAAAUGUACACAAUAUGUACUCAUUACAACGAGAUAUUAUUAUAUAUACGCAACAAAUUCAGUAUAUCGAACGAUUCGUAUACCGAAAAGAGACAAAAAGAAUUGUCACAUGCACAUGUGUUAUUUAAAUUCAUUAUUAUUCUUGUUGCUGUUGCAGCUAUCUUGUUUCUUAUUUUCACUUAUUUUUCUUUCUCAAGAAUUAUUUAUUUAUAUGUAUUAUUUUUUUAAUUCAAUAUAUUCGACACGCACAUACCAACUUACUAUUUUCCCAUUCUGCGCACCAUACGAAUCUCUAUAUGAAAUAUAUACUAUGUAUAUAUAUAUGUGUGUGUGUGUAUGUGUGUGUGUGUGUGUGUGUGUGUUUAUACAUAGAUGUAUAACAUGUAUAUGGUAAAAGGCAGUUUAUAGUUUAUAAAUCGAUAACCCUGUUGUUUAAAAAAUUACACUACACGAUGAAACUAUGCGUUUUACGCGAUUAUGGUAUCUCUUAUAAUCAAUAUUAUUAUUAAUAUUAUUAUAGUAAUACGUAAUAAUUGAAGAUAUCCCUCUACGAAUGUUUUUUCUUUUUCUUUUUUUUUUUUUUUUUUUAAGUAAGAAUACAUCGAUUCAGCCUUUCGAUUUGUUCCUGUAAUCAAAUAUAAGAAAAUAAAGAAAAAAUAAUAUUAUUUGUAAUAAUAAUUAUAUUCUAUAUAAUAAUGAUCGCUAUACUAUGCAGCAAAAAUGUUUGUCUUUCAUUUCGAAGUAUAACAAUAAUGUCCGAAUAAAAUAAAUUCACCGAUGCAAGACGACUACUCGAGUCUCUAACACCGUUCUUGAGAUUAA